AUGGGGCGUAUCCGAGCCCUUGAGGAGCUGGUGCAGUCCAUGCAACUGCGGCUCUCGCAGCUGGAGGGGAGGGCUGCGCCGGUGAUGCUGAACGUGCCGGAGGAGCCGCAGGCGCAGAACUCUGUGUCCUAUUCCCUGGUGUCAGUGCAGCCGGAAGUUGAGGAGGCCACCAAAGUGGAUGCGCCAAAGACUGCGGGUGAGAAGGAGUUCAAGGUCCGAGGGCGCUCAUUGACGCACCACGAAGUAGACACGAAGGCGAGCGAGGAGUACGCCUUCCAGGAGAGCACCUGGGAUCUGGCCCUUUUCGUUGGCACGGACGCGGUGGGGACCUUCGGGGGGAUCCACACCAUGGUCCUGGCGAGAGAGGGGUUCCAAGAGGAGGAGGAGGAGGAGGAGGAGGAGGAGGAGGAGGAGGAGGAGGAGGAGGAGGAGGAGGAGGAGGAGGUAGACUCUUUGACGGUGCUGGACAUUGUUGACAACGAAACCGACUUCUUGUCAACGCCUGCAUCUUCUGAGGAUGGCAGCGUGGUGUACCAGUCCGAGCUGCGGCGAGCGGCGCAGACGCAGCGCCUGGACUUUGUCGACUGCUGCGACGCUGCCCACGGCCUGUCACUGCUGCUGACGGCCCGCUGCGGGCACGAGGAGAAGGUGCUACUCUUCGACGCAGGGCCCUGCCCGAAACUCUGGCAGGAGAACGCGGAGAAGCUUGGAGUGGACCUCGCGUCGAUUGACGCGGUGGUGCUUUCCCACUACCACUCCGACCACUUCGGUGGCCUCAGCGCGGCGCUGUCGCUCAUUGCCCGCGCACGGGAGGCGGCGGGCCUAGGCCCGGUGCGGCUGGACCUGCACCCGGAGCGCCCGGAGAAGCGGGGGGUGCAGACCAAGUUGGGGGUGCUGGAGCUGAAGCCCCCGCUGCCCAGCUUCCAGGAGCUGCGCAGCAUUCCCAACACGGAGCUGCGGCUCAGCGCAGAGCCCCACGGCAUCGGCGGCUGCUUCUUCGUGAGCGGCGCCAUCCCGCGGCGCACCAGCUACGAGAGGGGCCUCCUGGGCUCCUUGUCGUGCUGGGACGCCUCUGGCCACUGGGCGCCGGAUUUGGAGAUCGCGGAGGAGCGGUACCUGGCGGUGAAGGUCAAAGGUGCCGGGGUGGCGGUCUUCUCCGCCUGCUCCCACGGGGGCAUCGUGAACGUGUGCCGCCAUGCCCUGGAGAUGGCCCCAGGCCAGCCGCUGCUGAGCGCUAUGGGUGGCCUGCACCUGGCCGGCGCUGGCCUCGAAGAACGCGUGCAGGCCACCAUCCACGACCUUUUGGCCCUGAAGCCUCGCGCGGUGCUGGCGGGGCACUGCACGGGCUGGCGCGCCAAGGCGGAGUUGGCCAAGGAGAACGCGCGGUCUGGCGACGUGCGGACAGCUCUGCAGAAUUGCACAGUGGUGUUCAGAACACCUACCGUCUUCGUGGGCGUGGUGGCGCUGAACUUCAGCGCCCCCAAGGUGGACGCGAGCUCCGUCUCCGACGCGGGGCGCUGGCGUCUGGCCACGGGCCACCUGGUGAGUUUCUACGACGGCCUCACCGAGGCGUCCUUGGUGUCCCGGGUCUGCGGGGGCGACGGUGCACUCCACGUGGCCACCGGCCAGGCCUCGCUAUACAGCAUGGUCUCGACGUAUCUGGGCUCGGACGACAGCAUGCCUUUUUUCAAAGGCCCCGUGCUGGCCAUGGUCGCGGUGACUUUGUGGUUCCUGAUGGUCUCGGACGACGUGACCACCACGUUGGACCUAGGACGUGUGCUGCUGGCAGUGCCGGUCGGGCCAACGCGCCUUAUCCUAGACACGGACGAUGAAGAUGAUCCCAAGUACACCCUCGCCGCCAUGUCCAAGGGCCGGAAAGUGUGGGGCUUCUUGAUCUUGGCGGUGCGACUUGCAGUCGCCUGCGUGCUGCUGGUGAACGGCACUCUGUUCGUGGUGCACACCAUCAACCUGUCGGACCUUGUGCUAAACUGCAUCGCGUUGGAAAUCGUGCUGAACGUGGACGACCUGAUGUUCAAGAGCCUUGCUUCCACGCCUGCCAGGUUUCUGAUGAACACCCUGGAGCCCAUCCAGCUGCCCAACAUCCCUCGGAGGAAGGGCUUGGAUGUGAAAGCCUUCUGUAUGCUGUUGGCCGUGCCGAUCGCGCUCGUGUUGGUCUACGCCACGCUCUUAGCUCCCAUGCUGGCGGACAUCGAAGAGGUCAGUGAGAAGCUGUGUGGCGGAUUCCGAGACUUUGUGUGGGUGGAGGAUGCAAGGCGAAUCGUGGUCAUGGCGCCUACGCGCAUCUACUCGGCGAAUACGCCCUAUAUGGAGACUGCAGUGGAGCACAACACGGCGGCCAUCGUGGUGGGGGAUGCCGUGGAGAACGGCCGCGCCAGGUCGAGGCUGUCGGUGUGGAAGAACAGCUUCCGGGAGUUGGACAGCUGGCAGAAGCUGAGCUUCCAGGAGACGUUGGAUGCCUUUCAGCCCCUGUGCCAGGACAUCGAGGCCGAUCACCCUGCCUGGUACUACAUGUCCAAGGCGCGGCUAGAAUAG